UUUCUAGCAAGCUGGCAGCACUGCCGGAUCAGCUGAUUAACUUUCAGCUCCCAUCCCUAGAAAUCAACGUGCUGGUGGAAGUGGAAGCGAAUUGAAAUCGCGCGCUGCUUUAUUCGCUUGCUUAUGCCAAAGUCCAUGGCUGGAUUGGAUUGGAUCGCAUCGGAUCGGUAAUUAGUCGUCUGGAACUGGACGAAUUGGCUCAGUGACACCAUUCGCCAGUGGCUUUCCUACAUGCCCAGGAAUUGGCUUCACCCCGCAGUGUGGAUAAACUUAGACGAUAUAGCCGCCGUUGUCGCCUUCGCCACGCCCAUUGAGGGACAGCUCGAAGAUCUCCGGUUGCGAGCUACUGCGUCAUCAACAACGUCGUUUUCGUCGAACUGCGAUAGUAUUUAAUGUUGGCCACCGGUUUUCUGACUCGCAGAACCGUACUUAACCAGCCGGCGUUCACUUCAUGGAGCACACUCUUCCGGACCGCUAGAAACCGAGCCACAUCCACGAUUGCCGCCAGAGUCCCACUAAAGGUUCAGUCACAGCUGCAAUUUACAAGAGUAUACUCAUCCUCCAAAGCCAUGGACACACCGGCGGAUAUCUUCCGCGGGAUUACGGAUCGAUUUGCCGGAGUCACAGUCGAUGGGCGCGAAGAGAACGUGGACAAAUCCAGUUUCCGGGACAAACUGACAAAAUCCCUGAACUUUUGGACGACAAACAAGAACCGGGCUAUUUGGUUCCGUGUGUACAAGGAGCAGGCCGAUUGGGUGCCCAUUCUGGCGGAGAACGGCUUUGAUUUCCACCAUGCCAAGACCGGAGUGGUGGUCAUGUACCGCUGGCUGCCGGAUAACGAGUCCAGCAACCUGCCAACCUACGCCCACACGCUGAUGGGCGUCGGCGGACUGGUAAUUAACGAUCAGAAUGAGGUGCUGGUGGUGUCCGAUCGGUAUGCGAUGAUACCGAACAGCUGGAAGCUGCCCGGCGGCUAUGUGGAGCCGCGGGAGAAUCUCAUCGACGCGGCGAUACGCGAGGUGGCCGAGGAGACGGGAAUUCGCACCGAGUUUCGGUCAGUGGUCACUCUGCGGCAUGCCCAUGGCGGCACCUUCGGAUGCUCGGACAUGUACGUGGUCAUAGCCCUGAAGCCCCUGAAUUUGAACUUCAAGCGCUGCGAACGGGAGAUAGAGCGCCUCCAGUGGAUGCCCAUCGAGGAUUAUCUGAAGCAUCCGCAGGUCCACGAGACGAACAGGCAGUUUGUCUGCACCUUUCUGGACUACCAGAAUCGCGGCCUGACCCUAACCUGUCGCGACGAUGUGCACCAGGUGCUGAAGAAGAAAUACAACCUGUAUUACGUGGAGCGGGAGCAGCAGGAUCAAAAGAAUUUGUGACACUUGUCGGUGCAAUGGCCAAAUCCUUAGUGCAAUUUCUAUUAAGCCGUUUCAUCCAAAAGCUGGCAGCAGCACAAGUGCACAUUGAAAUAUUCAAUUAGCAAUUAAAUACUUUUUUUUAUAUGCAUACAUCAAUUAAAGCUCACACACCCUACACAAAAUUUUUUUGGAUACCAUUUAUAAACGUCAAUACUUUGAGAAUAUAAUUUUGAAAAUGA